UUGAAAAGUUUAUUAGUAAAAAAUGAUUUACAAACUUGUGAUUUUGAUUAUUUUUGUGAAUUUUCGUUCAAGUCUCGGUCAAUUUUUGAGUUGUAGUUACAGAAAUAAUGACACUUACGGAUAUACUUGUGAUUUGACAAUUCAAAAUCCAAAUGGAUUGAACAAUUUUGCAUCGAAUUGCAUUUCAUGGUGGAACUCAUUUAACAGGAAAAACAAACAAUGAUGUUCAGAGAAUAUUAAGAGCAACUGGUUCUUCUACAAAUGUUCCGUCAAUAAUUUGUGAUAAAUUUCAAAGCGUGACUAGAAUUUAUCUGUAUGACAUGGGAAUUCAAACCAUUGAUGAAAAGGCGUUUAAGAAUUGUAAAAAGCUUCAAUAUUUGUAUUUAAAUAGCAACAGAAUCACAGAAAUUCAUGAAAAUGCAUUUGUCGAAUAUUUGGAGCUUUUGCGUUUGUAUCUUAUGAUGAAUCAGAUAUCGGAAUUAUCAGCAAAUGUCUUUAGAAAUCUACAAAAAUUAACGUAUUUGGGUUUACAUGCCAACAAGUUUUCUGAUUUGCCGCAAAACAUUUUUUAUUCACUUUACAAUUUGAAAACCUUGAAUCUGGAGAGUAACCAGUUGAAAACACCAAGAGUUGAGUGGUUUCUAUCACUUGAAAAUUUACAAAUUUUGUGGCUGAACAGUAAUCAAAUUGAAGAGCUCCCAAGAAAUAUUUUUAUUCCACUGAAAAACUUAAAUUCGCUAUUUUUAUACUUCAAUAAGCUUAAGGUGAUUCAUUCUGAUCCUUUUCGAGGUCUAUUAAAUCUAAAAUCAGUAGAACUCUACAACAAUCAAAUUGAAGCGAUUGAUGAAAGAUUCAUUGAUAAUACUGGAGUACAGUCAUUAACUGCGUUCAACAAUUUUUGUGUAAAUCAAGCCAUUUUUGACUAUAUAACUUCAAGAAUGACAAUGAGGUUAGCUUUACAAAACUGUUUUAAAAACUUUGACAAUUUGCUACCAGCAAGGAUCAGUAAACUUGAAAAAGCAGACGUAGAAUUUAAUACAAAAAUUCAAACAAUUCAAAAUGAAAAUCAGCAAUUAAUUACAACAACAAAUCAACUCCAAGUCAAACUAAACAAUAUUACAGCAGAAAAUAUCAAAAUCCGCUCAGAAAUGCAAAAUAUUACCAAAGGAAAUGAAGCAAUCCGAACAGAUGUAGCUAAUUUGAACACCCGCGUGGAUACAAUCUCUAGAGACCAAAGUACACUUAAAAAUGAGGUAAAAAAUCAAACUUUAAUCAUCACUUCUCUCAUUCAUGACAACAAAAAUCAAAGCUCAGUAAUCAGAGAUCAAGGAUUAAUAAUUGCUGAAAUACAAGAUGAAAAUCAACAACUUAAAGAAGGAGCCGUGAAAUUGCAGGAUCAAAUUGAGGCUCAAGGAACAGUAAUUGAAGAAUUAGAUUCAUUUGUAGAAAAUCAAGGGUCAAAAAUUACAGAAUUACAGGACAAUUUAGAAGAAUUGAAGUAUUUGGUUUAUGAGCUAUCAAAUCGUCCUUGUGCCUGCAAGAAAAUUAUUUUAAUUUCUUUAAAAUAGGAAGAAAUAUGCCAGUUUAUUAAUUUUUACGGUGGUGGUGAAUUGACAAUUUUAUAAGAGUAAGAAUUUGUUGUUAUUUAAUUCAAAAUAAUUGUUGUAAAAUCGUUUUAAUAAAACUUUAUUUUAUCUUUAUUAUAAUUUUAUAUUGAAAAUUAAAACUUGUUAAG